AUGCGUGGCGGCUUUCUGCAAAGAUCCGCCGCCGGCAGCCGUCGCGCGGCCUGCAAGUACGACGGCGGGGAGUUCGUGCCGGAGAAGCUCCGCGACUUCACGCGGGGCGGCCGCUGGUACCACGAGGACCCGCCGCUCAAACCGAUGAGCGGCCCGAAGUUCUCGGCGUGGCUCGCCGAGUGGGAGCGCCAACGUCGGGAGGAGGAAGACGAGGACCAGGACCCCGCCUUGUUGAAGGCGAUUCAAGACUCCCUCAAGGAAGCCGCCGAGAACCACCACGAGCUACUCAACAGGGUCCUCGAUGACAGCUCCGCUCACGAGAGGAUCAUCUACAGUUACCAAAGAAGCCUAAGUGGAUUCGCAGCUAGGCUAACAGAAGACGAGAAACAAAAGCUCUCCAGCACGGAGGGUGUGGUUUCCAUCUUCCGGAGCAGGACGCACCGGCGCCCUGUAACGACAAGAUCAUGGGACUUCCUAGGCUUCCCUAAGACGUCAAAGCAAAACCUUGAGCUCGAGGGAGACGUCAUCAUCGGCAUGCUCGACACCGGCUUGUGGCAGGACUCCCCGUCUUUCUCCGACGAAGGCUUCGGCCCGCCGCCCAGCAGGUGGAAGGGCGCCUGCCAUAACUUCACGUGCAACAACAAGAUCAUCGGUGCUCGCGCGUACCAUCACGGAAUCACGGAGGGGCUGUCGCCGGUGGACACCCACGGCCACGGCACACACACGGCAUCGACGGUGGCGGGCCGGGUGGUGGGCAAUGUCAGCCUCGGCGGCCUGGCCGCAGGCACGGCUCGGGGCGCCGUGCCGGGCGCCAGACUCGCCAUCUACAAGGUAUGCUGGGAGGACUCGUGCAGCGACGCGGACAUGCUUGCGGCGUUCGACGACGCGGUGGGCGACGGCGUCGACGUGAUCUCCUUCUCCAUCGGAAGCAAGCUGCCGGUCCGGUACUUCGAGGACGCGGCCGCGAUCGGCUCGUUCCAUGCUAUGAGGGGCGGGGUGCUCACUUCGGCCGCGGCCGGGAACUCCGGGCUGGACGGCGGGCGCGUCAGCAACGUCGCGCCGUGGAUACUGUCCGUCGCCGCCAGCAGCACCGACCGCCGGCUCGUCGACAAGCUGGUGCUGGGAAACGGCAAGACGAUCGUGGGGGUCUCCAUUAAUUUCUUCCCCGAGCUGAAGAAAGCUCCACUUAUUCACCCAAUCAAUGGUUCUUGUGAACCAGAGUCACUGACCGUGGCAGGACGGUCAUACAAGGGGAAGAUCUUGCUCUGCGCCUCUUGGAACAAUGGCAGCGGCCCGGCCAUCGUCGGCGCUGCUGGCGCAGUCAUGGCCACCUCCGAGCCCGAUGUCGCGUGGCAGGUGACCCUCCCUGGCGUCAUGGUUACCCAGGAUCAGUUCAAUGGAAUCCUGGCCUACGUAAACAGAACCCGAGCUGAAAUGGAGAAACAUCGUAAUGUUUUCUUCAGUAAUCCUGUGGCCACCAUCCACACCAGCGAGGCAGCCUUCGACUCUGAAGCCCCCAUCGUGGCCGGGUUCUCUUCUCCAGGUCCCAACGCGAUUACUCCUGGGAUCUUGAAGCCUGACCUGUCGGCGCCGGGGAUCGACAUCCUGGCGGCGUGGUCACCGCUGUCACUGGUGGCCGGGAGAAGCGUGGCGUACAACAUCGACUCGGGCACGUCCAUGGCGUGCCCCCACGCGACCGGCGCCGCGGCCUACGUCAAGUCCUUCCACCCCGACUGGUCACCGGCGAUGAUCAUGUCGGCUCUCAUCACCACAGGUAAUCAAUCAAUGCGCCCGUCGCGCAACCGCGGCGGCGCCGAACUCACAUACGGCGCGGGGCAACUCAACCCGGCGCGGGCGCGGGACCCGGGCCUCGUGUACGACGCGCGCGAGGGCGACUACGUGCGCAUGCUGUGCGCCCAGGGGUACAACUCCACGCAGCUCCGGCUCGUCACCGGCUCCGACGACGCCACGACCUGCCACGGCGGCCGUAAAGGGUCGGCCGCCGACCUCAACUACCCGACGAUGGCCUUCCACGCCGUGCCGGGGAAGAACUUCACCGCCCGCUUCCCGCGCAGCGUCACCAACGUCGGCGUGCCUGGAUCUGUGUACGUCGCCAAGAUUGUAGGCUCGCGGCCUGGUCAAACUGUUGUCGCCGUUUCGCCGAGGAGGCUGGCGUUCAGCCAUCUUCAUCAGAGGAUGUCCUUCACCGUGACGGUCUCUGGCGCGUUGCACGACGGGAACGAGUAUUUCUCGGCUGCUGUCGUGUGGUCCGACGGUGAACGCCAGGUGCGGAGCCCGGUGAUUGUCCAUACUGUGGAUGCUUAA